CUUUCUCCUGUCUCACACACCAGCUCCCACUUCCUCCACGGUUUCCCUGUAGAUUGGCUGUUCUCUUUGCCUCGGUAAGUAAUUCCGGUGUCACACUAAAGGGAUGGAAAUGGUAUACGUCAGGUGAGUAGUAGCUAUUUACCAAGUAUAGUAGAUGCUGACUGGUGAUAUGCAUACCGACAUUGGCAUUGGUAUGGGUGGUAGUAUGAAUACACAAUGGCUGACUGCAUCCCUUGCGAAGUAGUAAAAGUUGAGGAUCGUGAAGACAUGGAUUUUUCAUAGGUGUAUAAAGGCUGCAGAAAGCAGCGGACUACGGGUCUUGCUUUUCGACCUCAAGCUCGUCUACUUCGUUCCAAUUUGAUUCGCAUUGCUUCAGAAACCAUACAAUUCGACUUGCCAACAAUCAUGGUGUGUAUAUCUCGUGCGCUGCUCAUGCUCCCAUUCCUGGGCUCUGUAGCGUAUGCGCAGGAAGCUGCGAACGUCGACGAGAUCGGGAUCGUGUGCCCCAACAUGUGCGGUGACAUAACGCCGGAUCCGGCCAUCGCCGCCCAGAAGAAAUUCUAUUGUAAAGAGUGUGUCUGCGAGAACAGGCUACUGGGUCUGGACAAUCCCAAGUUUGGGGGCAAUUGGACCGAGAUAUUCAAGGGCUGGGAUUGGUAUGGCGGCUUGUGUCCUCGCGACUGGCUCUUCAAGUGGGGACACUGGGAUGUGGAGCCCUGGCAGGACCUAGAGUAUCCGCCGAAUGAUGGAUUCAAAACCGGCUCUCUACCAGGAGGACCUCGCGUUGGCAGCUGUGUGGACCGCUUCGGCAGUCCUUAUGGUGGUUUUCUGGCCCCUCUGGGCACCAAGUACAGCGCACGAGCUAUCCCGCCGAAGAACCUGAUUAAGUAUCCGAAUAGCCCGCAGUUCAACUACUAUGUUUAUAAGGUGAAGCAGCCGUUAAUUGCCCAGAAAGGGGAUAUUGCUCCGUGGUUCGGUCAACCUGGGGGUGGCACACAGUAUUAUGUGGCUAGCGGCCUGGAGAACUUGGUAAAAUAUGGCGUUCUUGAACCCACCAACGUCGAAGAGUGUCCUAAGGAUGGCGUUGUGGAAUGGGAUGAAGGAGCAGAUGCUCCUAGCUUGGAGGCAUGGGAGAGUCUGGAGCCGGCGCAAGGGGACCCAAUGUUCUAUCAUUGAGCGAGGCAUAGGCGUUUGAGGGCUGUUGCUGGAUGAUGAAAUUGCAUCAUUUGGCAAUUCCUCUGAAGGACUUGCCUCGAAUAGAGGUAUAUAUGCCAUGGUACGGAGAUAAG